GGGGCCGCACACAAGUCUGGGAAUUACAGCCCCAGGGUUGUAGUGUGCAUCUUGCGCGGUGCACCUCGGAAGUUAUAGUUCCGGGCAGAGAGGCGGAAAAUGCUUUUAAGCGCUGAUGUUGAGUUCUGGAAACUACGACUACCGAAGAGCUAGAGGCUCCUGGGCAGUUUCUCGUUUCCGUCGAGUUCACCGGCUGGGCUGCUUCUGAGGAGUUAACUUGGCUGGAGACCAAAGUUUACAGAGCUUUGUCUGAAAGGAAGCCCCAGAGAAUUGCUUAUCUUGGACUCUGUCCUGAAAUAGCCAGUGAUGAAAAGUCCAGCAGCUGGCAGAAGAGUGGUUCCUGCUCACUGGAAACAAGGCCCCAGCAGGAGAUGAACAGCUGCAGUCCUUCAAGUUCAGCUGCGGCCCAAGUUGUCGUUCAGUUCAGCUGGUGAUGAAAUGGGGGUCACCCAGUCCGUGGGCUUUCCGCCUGUCUCAGGACCCCACCUCGUGGGCUGUGGGGAUGUGAUGGAGGGUCAGAGUCUCCAGGGGAGCUUCUUUCGACUCUUCUAUCCCUGCCAAGAGGCAGAGAUCACUGAGCAGCCCCUGUGGAUUCCCCGCUAUGAGUACUGCACUGGCCUGGCCAAUUACCUGAAGAUUAAUAAGCGCUGGGGGGCUUUGCUGUUCAACCUGGCUGUGGGAUCUUCUCGCCUGCCUGUUCACUGGAAUGGCGCCUUUAAGACAAAGGACUCUGGAUACCCCUUGAUCAUCUUCUCUCAUGGCCUGGGAGCCUUCAGGACACUGUAUUCAGCCUUCUGCAUGGAGCUGGCCUCUCGUGGCUUUGUGGUUGCUGUCCCAGAGCACAGGGAUGGGUCAGCUGCAGCCACCUGUUUCUGCAAGCAGGCCCCAGAGGAGAACCAGCCCAAUGGUGAGUCACUGGAGGAGGAAUGGAUCCCCCACCGUCAAAUUGAGGAAGGGGAGAAGGAAUUCCAUGUUCGGAACUGCCAGUUGCAUCAGAGGGUAAACGAGUGUAUGAAGGUGUUGAGGAUCCUGCGAGAGGUCACUGCUGGCCAGACCGUCCUCAACAUCUUGCCUGGUGGAUUGGAUCUGAUGACUUUGAAGGGCAGCAUUGACGUGAGCCGGGUGGCUGUAAUGGGACAUUCAUUUGGAGGGGCCACAGCUAUUCUGGCUUUGGCCAAGGAGACCCAAUUUCGGUGUGCUGUGGCUCUGGAUGCUUGGAUGUUUCCUCUGGAACGUGACUUUUACCCCACGGCCCGAGGCCCUAUAUUCUUCAUCAACGCUGAGAAAUUCCAGACAAUGGACAGUGUCAACUUGAUGAAGAAGGUUUGUGCCCAGCAUGACCAAUCCAGGAUCAUAACUGUCCUUGGUUCUGUUCAUCGGAGUCUAACUGACUUUGUUUUUGUGACUGGUAGCUGGAUUGGUAAAUUCUUCCCCAGUCCAGUCCGUGGGAGCUUGGACCCCUAUGAAGGUCAGGAGACGAUGGUGCGGGCCAUGCUGGCCUUCCUGCAGAAGCACCUUGGCAGGCUCCACGCACUUGUGGUAAGAAAUCCUUGCCCCCACCAUUGCAGACAUCAGGUGAAAGAAAAGGAAGGAGAAGCUGCCCAUUCUGCUACUGGGAAAGCUGAAGGUGCCUGCGGCGGAGCUGACACCCUGAUCCGAGACUGGGGAGAGAGAAGUGCUGGCCAGCCUUCCUUUUCUCACUCAAAGCCAAGGGCAGGCGGUUGCUGCCCGGGCCGCCGGGUGUCGAACGUUCCCGAGCUGCCGCGGUGGGCGCGGCUGGGGAGGCCCUUGUGAAAUCUCCGCGUUCUUCUCUGCAACUCUCACCCCCUUGCAGCCGCGCGGGCGCCGGCUGCGGGGCCCGGCCAGAGGCAGACCCACGUCUCCGAGGUGAGGCAAGCGGCAGGGAGGUGUCGCCAGGGCCGGAGCGGGAUGCUGCGGUCCAGCUUGACGAGGCUCUGCCCGGAUUCAGGGCGGCCACUGUGGGCUCCACGAGUCCAGUGAGGCUCAGCGGCCCCCUCCUCCCAGAACAGAGCCGCUGCACUGAAAAAUCAGCUGCUGGAGACGCCAUUUCUGUUCCCACCCUGUCUCGGCAGAGGAAGAGCCAAUCACCAUCCUCGUGUGCAGCUUUGAAAGCUGCAGGUAGAAUCUGCCUAGGGCGGGAGAGCAGAUCUGCGGAGCGAAGCCAUUUUCUGGGAGGAUUUGCAAUCAUUUCUACUCACAGUAUAAUCACCAUGUUGGAGAAUUUUAUCCAUUCCCUCCCCGCCCACCCCGCUUAUACUGGGGCCUUUCCUGGAUUUUCCAGAGAGAACUGACAGGGGCAAUAUGGCGCGGUGCAGAAAUUUUGCCUCGGGCACCAAUUGACGUGGGAUCUAGUCCUGGCCCUGAAAUUAACCUAAAAAGCAGGACAGCCCCAGGCCUCAGUCUUCUCAUUUAUAAAACUGCAGGGAAGGAAUAUAAAUCAGACCGUGUCAAGGAUUGGUGAGAUUGUGGGGAAAUGGAUUCUCUCGAUUUGUCUUUAUCUAGCAAAACUGCAAAUAUUCUUACCCUGUACCCUGACAAUUCUCUUUGUUGGUUUCUACCCUGGAGAAAUACUUGCACAUGUAUUCAAGACGGCUGUCCACCGCAGGACCGUAUCUAAUGACAAACCACUGAAAACAGCUCAAUGGCCGCGAAUACGGAAAAUAAAAAUAAAAUAGAAUCUGUAAUUAUGAGACACUAUAUUGCAGUUAGAAGGAAUAAAUUAGAUCUAUAUAUGCAGAGGCAUGGAUAGAGCUCAAAAUCUAUUAAGUAAAAACAGAGUUGUAGAGUAAUGCAUACAACAUAAUACGACUUCUGCAACAUAAAACAACUGUGGAUUUUCUAUAGUAUCUUCAAACAUAUGUAGAAACUUUUUUCAAAUGAAAGGACUGAAAAGUACACUUGUAACUCAUAAGAGUGACUUUCUCUGGGGAGGGGACAGGGAGUUGGAAUAGUGAGUUGAAGUGAACAGUAACUUCAGCUUUCUUUGUAAUAUUCUAUUUUUUUUCUUUUAAAAAUGGCAGUGCAUUCCUAUAUUAAGGAAUUUUAAACUAUGUAUUUAUAGAGAAAACAUUGGGAACAAAUGUCAAAAUGUAAACAAUGGUUAAUUCCAGGUGAUAGGAAAUGUGAGUAAUUUUAUUUUCUUCUUUGUAAUCUUUGGGGUUUGCUUUAAUUCUUUAAAAUGCAGGGAUCUUUGUACACUAGUGUUCAUAGCAUCAUUAUUCACGAUAACCAAAAGGUGAAAGCAACCCAAAUGUCCAACGAUGGAUGAAUGGGUAAACAGAACCUUGUAAUGGAAUAUUACUCAGACUUAAAAAGGAAGGAAACUCUGACAUAUGCUACAAUAUGGAUGAACUUUGAGUGAAAUCAUCCAGUCAUAAAAAGACACUGCAUGAUUCUGCUUAUGUGAGGUACUUAGUCAAAAUCACAGAGACAAAGUAGAAUGGUGGCUGCCAGGGAUGUGGGGGAAGAGAGGAAGAAGGAAUUAUUGUUUAAUAGGUAUAGAGUUUCAGAUUUACAAGAGUUAUGGGAAUGGAUGGUGGUGAUGGCUACACAACAAUGUACAUGAUUUAACACCACUAAACUGUACACUUAAAAAUAGUUAAAAUAGUAAAUUUUAUGUUCUGUGUAUUUUAACUGAAUAAAAAAGAAAAUCUUGUAAAAAAUGGAGUAGAAGACAUAGCUAUUUAACAAAAUCCUACUAUCAGCCAUUCCAUCAAUCUAGUACCAUACAUCAACAAAUCGAAGAUGUUGUCAGUUGUAGAAUGCACCCUUAUUUUAUGUAAUAUCAAGAAAGGAAAACUGGUACAAGUUAAACUCUGAUAUCAACUGAUUAAAAGACCCCAUUCUAAAGACGUUAAUUUUUAAAGUUUAUCUUAGCUUCAAUAGAAUAUGGUAAGCAGUUUAUACACUAAAUGAUCGCCUUUUAAAAUCCACCUGCAAAGUUCAGAUUGGGUUUUAACUGUAGCACACCUGUAGAGAAUCCUUUGUUUUUGAACAGAUUGUGCUUGCAAACUACCUCAGACAAAUAAAUGGUGGCUGUCUACCUGAAAAAAAUGAAAAGCAGGGAAGGGUUCAAAAGUAACUGUGUGACCCAUCAAAUCCCUCAGCUCAGGAGUCUGCAAUCCUGUGAUUCUAGCUCAUCAUCCUUAAAGUCCUAGCCCCACCGUGAAGGGUUUCCAAGUGUUUUGGUGCUCCAGGCCCAGCCCACUCCCCAAUCUUGAGUCCAGUCUUACCAGUUAAAGCCUGAGGGCUCCCACCAGGGCAGGCCACUUGCAGUUCACAAACAUGAUAGCCUCACUCUCUCUUCUGGGCAUUUAGUUGUGCUGUUUCCUCUUCCUGGAACCCUCUUCCCUUCCUCUCAGCCUGCAGACUUCCUUUAGGUCUCACCAGCUCAGCUGUCCCUUCCUCUAGGAGGCCUUCCCUGCUGUCCCUCCCUUGCCUAGGUUAGCCUCUGCUCCCUGUGCUCCCUCAGUGCUCUGAGCUGAUGUCCGUUUACUGUGAGGUCUUGGGAUCAGGGACUCGCCUUCUUCAUUCCUGUACUCCCAGGGCCUUGCCCAGAGCCUGUCACCUCAGAGUUCCUCAGUGACCAACUGUUAAAUGGACAAUCAGGAUCAAAAGCAGGAAAUUACUCUCUGGGCUCUUUCCUAGCAUUGAUUCUAAAGACUCUGGAGAGUUCCGGUCAAGAUGGCAGAGUGGUAUGACCACGAGCUCGCCUCUCCUCGCGACUAUAACAAAACCACAACUAAAUGCUAAACAACCAUCAAAAAUAGACUGGAACUUAGCAAAAAAGACUCUGAAACUCUGGGGCCCUACUUGCUCAAGGUAAGAGGCAGCACCAGGAUUUGAACUCAGAGACUGUGGCUCCAGAGCCCACACUUUUAACCACGAUGCUCUGAACCCCUAAUGUGCUCAGUUUGUUCAAGAACCAAAUAUGUACUGGAGCCUACUGUGUGUCAGGCACUGUUCUAUAGAAAUGAAGAAAAUGGGCACAGCCCCUAUUCUCAUGGGUCUUACAUUCAAGUCGGUGUGGAUGGGGGGUAGAAAAUAAAUAAGCAAUAAUUUGCCUACUUGUGAUAAGAAGGAUGCAAUAUACAGGACAAUGAGAGGAACAUGACCCUGUUUGUAAGUUGGUCUGUGCAGAUGAUCAAGUUAAGAGGAGGUCAUCAGGGUAGCCCUUAAUCCAGUAUGGCUGGUGUCCUUACAUAAAGGGGAAAUGUGGACACAGAGACAGGUGCACACAGAGGGAGAAGCUGUGAGGAUGCGAGGAGAAUGCCAUCUACAAGCCAAGGAACAGCUGAGGCUGCCAGAAGCUACAAGCAAGCAUGGCAGAUUCUCCCUCACAGCCCUCAGAAGGAACCUGCUGUAGCCUUAAUUUUGGACUUCUGGCCUGUAGAACCAUGAGAUGAUAAGUUUCUGUUGUUUAAGGCCCCCAGUUUGUGGCACUUUGUUAAGGCAACCCCCGGAAAGUGAUACACCCCACUUGUCCGGCUUGGGUGAGGCCUGCGCUCUCCAGUGAUUUGGGUUGGUAGGUGUCUAUGUUGGGAAUGGAUUUGAGGAAGGGGGAGGACUGAAGACCAUGUAGGAGGUGAUCUGUGGUGAUCCAGUAAUGUGGGAGGGCUGGGGAUGGAGGGUCUAUGAAAGCCCCGCCGUGCUGGUACUUACUAAUUGAUGUAAGGGCUUAGCAGUAAGCCCAGGAGGUCUGUAAAUCAACUCUGAGUUCCAGAGACACAUCUGCUUUUCUUCCCCUUGUGUAUUUUCUCUUGCACAGUGUCCCACCCUUCUCCACCUGACACUCCAGCCACCCCCCCUUCCGGGCUUGAAUUCUACUCGGUGUAUACUUUCACCCUGCCUCGGAAUGAGUGUGAUUUCAGCAGCCUUGGUUUCAACUUCCUGUGACAGCUGUAACCUCUGUUCUCACUGAAUUGCUAAGAUUGCUGAUGAAUGCCAACUGCUUGGAAGUUUUAUGAGUAACUGGAAAUGUGUUUUAUGCCAGGCCAUGGGAAAAUGGGCUAUGGAAUGGCCCAGAAAUUUAAUAAAUUAAGAGUAAUGAGUAACUCCCUGCUGUUUUUAGGCCCACAUGUGCCCAUUCAAGAAAAAAACUAGCUCUAAGAUGAAAAUCAUCUUCUAGCUCCUGUGGGAAGAACAGUCCGUUUCCCUGUUCGAAGUCCCUGCAGCAGAGGGCGAGUGCUGCUACUUACCACUCCACUGCCAUCACUAUCUUUCUUGCUCACAUUUUGAUUCUUUGGAAAAGGUUGGUUGGAAGAAACAAUAGAAAACAACCCCCACCCCAGCCUCCCCACCAAAAGAAAUGUCACUGGCUAAGGAGAUACGAUGUUACCUGCAAGGCAGUGUCCUUAAUAGGAUCCUGGAACACAGAAAGGACCCCAGUGGAAAAAUGGGGAAUCCAAUUAAAGUGGCCAUUUAGUUAAUAGUGUUGUAUCCGUUUCACUGUUUUAGUUUAAAUAAAAAUACCAUGAGUAUAUAAGAUGUGAGAGGAGGCUGGCUGAAGGGUCUCUGGGAACUCUGUAUACUACCUUUGCAACUCUUUGGAAAUCUAAAAUAAUCUCAAACUUAAAAACAAGUCAUGUAUAUUAUAUGUUGUUUUUUUAAAUAUCUCUGGGAUAGUACUGACUCCAGAAUAUACUGUACGUAUAUUAUGUUAUGCUGACUCUCAGCCGUAACUGUUGUUUAAUGGCCAAAAAGACAUCAACCAAAUGAUUGGACACUGGCCAAGUGUCUCUUCUUGGCACUGCAGGGAUACUAAGACAAAAUCAUACAGAAUCCUGCCCUGCAGGUGCUCACUCUGUAAGCAAGGGGGACAAACACAUGUAUGGAUAGCUAUGAUAUCAGGGCAAUGUGUGGGGAUCAGAGAGAUUGAUCAAGACCAUGAAAGUGGAGAGAAUUUCAAGAGAGACAAAAGCCAAGAACUCAAGGCUGAGGGUUGGUGUCAGCAAAACAUAUAAGUGUGUGACUUUUUAGGGAGCUGGGACUGACACAAGGGAGGGGUGAUGGGGAAGUGGAGAUAGAAGUCUUAGAGAUGUAGGAGGACCUAAGAUCAGUGAGGAGGACAAAACUCUUCUAUUUUUAUUUAUUUUUAUUUUAUUUUAUUUUUUAAUUGAAGUAUAGUCAGUUUACAAUGUUGUGUCAAUUUCUGGUGUACAGCAUAAUGUUUCAGUAGUACAUAUACAUUCAUAUAUUCCUUUUCAUAUUUUUUUCAUUAUAGGUUACUAAAAGAUAUUGAAUACAGUUACCUGUGCUAUAUAGUAGAAACUUGUUGUCUUAAUCUUGACUUCUUAAUUCAUUUCUAUUUCUCUUGGGUUUUGAUGUCCUGCUAUUGAUUAGACACAGGUUUCAAAUACAUCUAUUCAUCUCCCCCCCCCUUUUUUGUAAAGGUUUCAAAAGGAAGUCUCAACCCGAUUAAUACUCUGCUUCAACUCACUCUUCUAUUAUUCAUUAUACACUGUUUUCAAACCCUCUUUCUCCCUUCUUUUAAAAUUCUUUCUCUCUCUCUCUUAUUUUUUUUUCUUUUUUUCCUAAGUUCUAUUCCUAAAUAGACAUCAGAUAGAUAAAAUCCUUAAGGACCAAAAUAAACAACUGAUACUCCAUAAACCACAGUGCCAAAGAGGUAUGAGCAAGAUGAAGAAGCAGAAAAACCUUUCCCAAUUAAAAGAACAAGAGAAAUCCCCUGAAAGAAAGAUCAACGAAAUAGACAUCGAUAGCCUACUAGAUCAAGAUUUCAAAAAAGGAGUGAUCGAAUUGCUGAAGGAAUUUAAAAGAGAUAGUGUUUAGAGAUAUAAAAUAUGUCAAAAAUGAAAUUGAAGCUAUAAAGAAGAGCCAAGUAGAAUGGGUAAACUCAUUGACAGAGAUGAGGAAUGAUCUAAUAGCUGUGCAAAGCCGACUAGAUAAUGCAGAGGAACGAAUUAGUGAUCUAGAAGACAGGGCAAUAGAAAGCACCCAUUCAGAAGAACUACAAGAGAAGCAAAUAAAAAAUAAUGAAAAUAGCAUAAGGGACCUAUGGGAUAAUAUAAAGCGUCCCAGUCUUCGCAUAAUAGGGGUCCCAGAAGGAGAAGAAAGAUCAAAGGGGAUUGAAAAGGUUUUUGAAGAAAUCAUGACUGAGAACUUCCCAAACUUAAAGAAGGAAUCAGAUAUCCAAGUACAGGAAGCUCAGAGGGUCCCAAACAGGAAGAACCCAAAUAGACCCACACCAAGACAUAUCAUAGUCAAGAUGGCCAGAGUCAAGGACAAAGAAAGGAUUCUAAAGGCAGCAAAAGAAAAGCAAAGUGUAAGCUACAAGGGAACCCCCAUAAGGCUCUCAGCUGAUUUCUCUACACAAACACUACAGGCCAGAAGGGAGUGGCAAGAUAUAUUCAAAGCCCUGAAUGAAAAAAAGAUGCAGCCUAGGAUCCUUUAUCCAGCAAGGCUAUCCCUGAGGAUAGAAAGAGAAAUAAAGAGUUUCACAGACAAAAAAAAGCUGCAGGAGUUUAGCAACACUACACCCAUGCUAAAAGAAAUAUUGAAAGGGCUAUUCUAAAUAGAAAAGCAGCAGGAUGCUACAGAAAUGAGAAACACACAACUGGAAAGGUGAUAACUCAUGAAUUACAAAUAAAGUAAACAUGAAAUUAUAAAAGAAGACAUACAAAUCACUGAGAGUGGGAGAGGGAGGCAGGGAAAUAUAGAGUAUUUUUUUCUUUCUUUUUUAAAUUUAACAGUAGGAUGGGUUUGAGAUCAUGUUACUAUCAGUUUAAUAAAAACAGUUAUAGUAAUGGGUUGAUAGAUUUACAAAAAAGGGUAACCACAAGCCAAAAAUUUACAAAGGAGUCACAAAAAUUAAACAAAAUCCAUGAUAAUACAAAGGAAAAUUACCAAACCACAAAAGGAAGAAGAAAGGAACAAAGAGGAUAUACCAAUUCAACUGCAAAGAUAAGUUCAAAAUGGCAAUAAACACACAUCUAUCAUUAAUUACUGUAAAUGUUAAUGGACUAAAUGCUCCAGUCAAAAGACACAGAGUGGCAGACUGGAUAAUAAAGAAACUUGUUGUUUAUUUUAUAUAUAGUAGUCAUGUCUGCAAGUCUUGAACUCCCAAUUUAUCCCUUCCCCAUGGUGACUGUAACUUUGUUUUCUGUGUCUUUGAGUGUUUCUGUUUUGUAAAUAAACUCAUUCAUAUGGUA